UUUCCCUUUAAUUCUGCCACGUGUCCCUGCUCAGUAAUCAUCGGAAGUUAGUCAUGGCGUGAGAGAUAGAGAUGAGAUAGAGGAGCUCCAGCGGAAAUCGCGAGCGGCGAGCUGAAUGCAGCGGAGCGGCAGGAGGAGGGCGGCGUCGAGCUCCCGGCUCCGUCGGGCUGGGAGAAGAAGGUUUUCGUUUUAUUUUUCCUCCUAGGGGGGAGCUGGUUUUCGAUGGUUGCCUUGGAAAUGUGGGUGAUUAUGCUAGUGAUAGCGAUUUCCUCUUUUGCAAAAUCCAGAGCGCGAGCGUGGUUGAUUUCCUUGCUGUUCUUCGUGUGCGGAUGAGGUUGGGCGUCUGUUAGUGGAUGAAGUUACGCAAUUUCUGAAAUGUCUCCAUUAAAAUAAAAUAAAAAAUUGAAAUGUCUGUGGAAUUCGAGAAGCAUGGAAAUUGCAGAAAGUUUCCUUUUGAUUAGCUCUGCAGCUAUUAUAGCUGCGCAAUCAGUAAUGCAGCUGUUGUUGUUUCUUUUGCUUGAUCCUUUUCCUUCUUUGUCUUUUUUUUUUUUUUUUUGGGGGGUGAUUUUGGAUUUGGCCAUCAUGAAGAGCCGUUCUUUUCGUUCUCCCCUAAAAGAAAAUAAGGACAAUUUAAGUCAUCAUUUCGACCUUGGUUUGGCCAAUUUGGUAUCUUUUUUCUGUUCACUGAUGGUCUGGAGCACCAUAACUUGGUACAUCGUUCUUUUUCAGGGACUUCAAUGUUCUUUUUUCUAUACAUGAUUUUUAUCUCCAACUUGUCACAGCACGUGCUUGCGUCCUUCUCUUUCCAUGUGAUCGUUUUCACCAUUAAGAUGAUUGUCUGUUUGGAAUGUUAAUGUAGAAGGAAUGGAAAUGGGUUCCAUCUCUUGCACCAUCGAUGUUGUGGAUUUCUUAUGCUGCAUUGCUUUCGCUGAAUGUAACUGUAGAUUAUGCAUCAUGGGCUGCAUAUGAAUAGUCUACUUAAGGUAAGAGUACGGAAUGAUGCAUAUAUGUAAACAUAUACAACUGUGUAAAUACCUUAAUGUACUGCUUGACUUCAUCAUUUUCGAGAUGGCACAAAUUUCCCAAAUCUCAAAUGAUUGAAUAGUUAAGCUGCCUCAAAUUCCAUUUCAUAGUCUGAUCUUAACUUGUUGCAUGAUCGAGUCUGUAAUAUCUAAACCCUUGCUGUUGAUUAAAUUCCGGUUUAGGUUAAGAUUGUACAUUACUGUUCAUGAUAAAAGUUGAUUUCCCUUUGCAUGAGAUAAUAUCCGUUCAGAAUCACAAUGGAACCCCUCUCCUCUCAUUAAAACCAAGAGAGGACUUUUGCUGAAAGGUAUUUUGUUGCAGGAUUACAUUCCUAUGAAACAGGUGUGGUUAUUGCUCAAUUAAUCGAUAUGUAUGGAUCUUCUUAGGGAUUUUAUUCAUGAAAGCUCAAAAAAGAAACUAACUUUCGGAGUUGUUGCAGCUUAUAUAAAGAUUUAAACAUUGAAACAUCAGACCAAGGGGGAAAUUGUAUCUUGCCGACAAAGGAAUAUUCAUUCGAGAAUGUGAAAAGAAAGCCACAAGAUUUGCGAAGGGAUUUGUCGAAAGAGGUAAUUUUAGAUUUGGGUAACUCUGCACCGUAAAGGUAGCAGAAUCCCCAGAAGUUGUCUUUCCUCGUAUAAGAAGAAAGGACCCGCCUGAGGAAUGAAUUCAUCAAAGCAAAGUUGCAAAGCAGAAAAGUCUAUCAUUCAAUCUGCGACGAAGUAAAUGGUGAAUUGGGAAGAACUCCCACAAGAGCUCCUAGUUCCUAAAGCUCAUUCCUCAACGGCUAGCCAUAGAAGACUUUGUAGCUUUCGGAGCGGUGUGCACCUCAUGGCUGUCUGCCGCCACCAGGGAGACAUACGACGCGAAGUCAAAAGCCCCAUGGCUCGUGACUAAUGUGUACAAACAAAUGCCCGAGUUCUCCAACCCCUCUAGAGGGAGACUUUACCCAGUGAAGUCGCCGGGAACUCGAGCCCAGACCUUGUCUCUACGGGGAUCUGUCAAACUGGGACCAUGGAUACCAGUUUCGCAUAGGGGUGUGCAAAAUACCCGGGAUCCGCCCGGACCGCCCGGAACCGGCGGGUCUUGAGGGAACCGGUCCGGUUCCCGGUUCCAAUUUACCGGUCCGGUUCCCGGUUCCGUGGGCGGAUCCGCCUACCGACCGGACCGAACCUUUUUUAAUAUUAAAAUAAAAAUUACUAAAAGAAACCCUACAUCUCAUCUCACUCUCUAGGAGCCUUUAUCUUUGGUCAAAGAAAAUUUAACCAUCUAUGGUUAUUUGCAAGUAGGAAAUGGGAGAAUGUUGCAUUCCAUUUGUUCUCGUUUUUUUUUUAUCUACAAGAUACAUUUAUAAUUACAACAAAUGAAUCUUUGUAUUUGAUUUUUCUUUCUUUGGCUUGCUUUGAUGUCAUGUAAUUUUUUUAUUUGGUAAGUAAUGUCACAUAAUUGUUUUAUGUUGAAAACCAAAAAAAUUUCUCAUCAAAAUUGGUUCCAUGGAUCCACCCGGAACCGCGGUCUGGGUUCCCGGGAUCCACGCAACAAAUGGGUGGAUCCCGGUUCCAAUUUUUCGAACUGGGUUCUUAGCGGCGGUUCCGGUUCUAGGUCGGGAACCGCCGCCCGACCAUGCACACCCCUAGUUUCGCAAGUCAUUUAUCAGUCUGAAACCGUUGCGCGUCACCAUCAAACUCCCCGCCAUGGAACAGAGAUCUUCAGGGUCAGUCUGGAACAGCAAGGACAGAGGAUCGACAAGAUCGCGUUGUCCUCGAGCCCUUCUUUGUCCAGGAGCUAUGCCGUCAUGAUCGCUUAUCAUUUCGCUUUUGGAGUACCAUGGCUUGCCCUGCACAGAUCAGGAGAAGAUGCGUGGAGGGGAGUGAGCCCAGCGACGCAUCUUCGUCCGAUCGAAGUCCUCCAGCUGAUUUACUACGAUGGGCUAUUUGUGGCCUUGGAUGCGGAAAAUCAUAUAACGACUCUUAACGAGAGAGAGAGCCACAUGGAAUCGCGACUAGUUAUAGGGCAGAAAUUCGAAGGUCGGCCGUAUCUCGUCGAAUGUUCGGGCUCGUUGCUGGUGGCUUGGGAGACGAGGGGCGCCGGGGGAAAUAGAUUCCGAGUUUACGAAGUGGAUUUGGAGAAGGGGACUCAGGAAGAGGUCGAGAGCUUGGGGAAGGCGUCUCUCUUCUUGAACGACAACUCUUCCUUCUCCAUGGAGUUCGACGCCACGUCUUGCGUCCCCGGAUUCAAGCCGAACCAUGUAUAUUUCACAGAUUACGCAGAUGAGAAGAAGAAGAUUUACAGCAUGGAAAACGGAAAGGUCGAGACAUACUCCGAUGCAAUUGGUCUCCGUCAUGCAGGCCAGUGGUUCCAACCUGAUUUCUGAAUCUUUUUUGCCCUUUUCCUCUGCAUAAAGUAAAUAGGAGAUUUGUGAAGUAAUUGCCUAUGGAUAUCAAAUUUCAAUCGCAACUAAUGUCGGAUGUCCUCUUUAAUUUUAUUUUAUUUUAUAUGGAGAUGAGAUACGGAUA